AUUGUCAGCAGGAGUUAAAAGACAAGAGGGAGUGUGCGGCGCUGUGUUUCAGGCCUAAUUAAAGGGUUGCGUCUGCGCGGGGUUAUAAGCGAAGAGCGGCUCCAACAGAUCCUCUAGUCAGUAGGCAACUGCGAGAGUUCAACACGGACAAAGUAGCCUGGGCGGAAGGCGUUCGAUGCUGUCUUUGCCUCCACUAUGGCAAAAAUCAUCUUGAGGCAUCUCAUCGAGACUCCAGUGCGAUACGAGGCAGAGUUUGAAGCUCGAGGUUUGGAAGAUUGCAGGCUGGAUCACGCUUUAUAUGAACUGCCCGGGCCAACCACCGUGGACCUGGGGAAAGCCAGGGUGGCCCAGCCUGCCCCCGUGGACACCGCAGAGAUGCUGCCCCAGAGAGACGAAUCCCGCUUCCAGGUCCUGCUGGACGUGGUCCAGUUCCAACCCGAAGAUAUCAUCAUUCAGACCUUUGAAGGCUGGCUGCUGAUUAAGGCUCAACAUGGAACCAGAAUGGACGAGCACGGUUUUAUCUCAAGAAGCUUCACCCGACAGUAUAAACUGCCCAUCGGCACUGAAACCAAAGAUUUGUCUGCCAUCCUCUGUCACGACGGAAUUCUGGUGGUGGAAGUAAAGGAUUCAGGUUCUGGCAGAGGUUGCCUCUGUCUGUCAGCAGCUCUGAUGAGGCUUCCAUCUCUCCUCUGGCUCCAGCCCAGAAUGGACCAAUAGUUCUGUUUCCUUUUCCCUGUUCCUCAGGCUCAAGUGGGUAAUGACUCCCAUUGUUACUGGUCUCUGGGUGCCUAUAAGUCGGCAUCAAUUCUGAUGUGUGGGAGUUUUUCCCAUAUCACCAAGCAAUUCUGCCAGCUAGGUAUACUAAAAUUCAAUUCAGUUCUGACACUAUCUACCCAUAGAUCCUACAAGUUAAGGGGUCAGUCCAACAAGAUUGCUCCGCUAACCCCAACUUCAGACAUCAGUUGCAAGCCCAGGUUAUUACCUGUGUUUCUGAUCAACUGGCUAUAGACUGGCGAUUCCAAUGACCCCUUCCUUGGGUUGGAUUAAUUUGCUAGAGCAGCUCAAAGAACUCAGAGAAACAUUUUACUUAUUAUAUUACUAGCUUAUUAUAAAAGGGUAUAUAACUCAGGAUGAGGAAGAUGGAAGAGAUGCAUAGGACAAUGUAUGGGGAAAGGGUGAGGAGCCUCCAUACUUUCUCUGAGUGCCUCUCUCCUCGAAUCUUCACACGUUCACCAACGUGGAAACUCUCUGAACCCCUUCCUUUUGGGUUUUUAUGGAGGUUUCAUUACAUCGGUAUGAUUAAUUAAAUCCUUGGCCAUUGGUGAUUGAAUUCAAUUUCUAGUCCCUUUCCUCUUCCAGGGAUGAGGACUGAAAAUUUUCCAAACCUCUAACUACAUGAUUGGCUCCCCUGGCAACCAGCCCCCAUCCUAGGUUACCAAGGGGGUUUCCAAAAGUCACCAUUAACCUAACAAAAGACAACUCUGUGACUCACCCCACUUAGGAAACUCCAAGGAUUUUAGGAGCUCUGUAACAGAAAUGGAGACUAAGACCAACUAUAUAUUUCUUACUAGAAAUCCCAAUAUCACAGUGCCUCAACAUUUUUGUUGGUCCCUCAGCCCUACCCACAUCUCUGUAAAUAAUCACUUUAUUAUAUAUUUUUUAAAAAUCCAAGCUAAGUAUGCUUUUUGUUUCCCCUCAGAACUCUGAAUGAUGUAUCCACCUAUAUAUUCUUCCUUUGGCACAAAAAAGGCAUCUUUAAACAAACAAACAGAAAGAGAACAAAAAAAUAGGAGAAUAUAAAAGGAAAUUUUUAUAAAUUAAGGAGUAUUUGCAAUUUUGGGGAUUUUGUCUAGUCUAUGUUUGAGACUGAAAAGUAUGAUGAUAUUCAGUGUUGCUGAGUAUGGUAAACAAUACCUCUUUGUUGUUGAUUUGUACCAUAAAUUAGCACAAUUUUUCUGCCAGAUAGUAUGUUAAGGCUCAGUAUAAUUUUAGAAGUAGAAGAGCAAGAAUUAAAGAAUUUAAUGAUAUAAUAAAAACUUGCACAAAAAUUUGUGAGGCAUUCUUUACUUUGAAGUAUUGAAAAUAUAAGAAAUUUGUUAAGCAAACUAAAGUCUAUCCAUAUUAUAAAACACUAUACUGUCAAUAAAAAUCAUCUUCCAGAAAAAUAUUGAGUGAAGUGGAAAAAUGCUCUCUAAAUUUAAGGAGGGAAAGCAAGUUACAAAAGGUAUAUAAAAUUCCCACCUUUAUUUUCAGUGGGCAUAUCUCCAUGUCAAUAAGUUUUUGUUUAGAACAUGAUUCUAAUGGCAGUAUUGUACUUCAUAAUAUGGAUAUGCCAAAACUUAUUGUAUGCUGAGAAGAAUCAAAGGUUAAGUUUAAAAAUGCCAAAAGAGGAGAGGGAUCAAGAUGGUGGAGUAAGAAGACAUGGAGCUCACCUCCCACCAUAAACAUAUCAAAGAUAUAUCUGCAUGUGGAACAAUUCUCAUGGAAAACUAACUGGAAACUGGCAGAACUCCUACACAACCAAAGCUGCAAGAAAGAUUCCCCCACAUAUACUGGGAUCCCCAGUUCCAGCUGAGUAAAUAAGUGCAUACCUAUUGAUAAUUACUUUAAAUGUCAAUGGACUAAAUGUUCCAAUCUAUAGACAUAGGGUGGCUGACUGUAUAAAAAAACAAGAUACUCCAAUAUGCUGUCUAUGAGAGACUCACUUCAGGGUAAAAGACACACACAGACUGAAAGUGAGGGGAUGGAAAAAGGUAUUUCAUGCAGAUGGAAACAAAAAGAAAGCAGGAGUAGCAAUACUUGUAUCAGACAAAAUAGACUUUAAAAGGAAAGCUAUAACCAAAGACAAAGAAGGGCAUUACAUAAUAAAAGUGAUCAAUACAAGAAGAGGGUAUUACACUCAUUGACAUACAUGCACCCAGUAUAGGAGCAAAACAAAUACCAACAGACAUAAAGGGAGAAAUUGACAGGAAUACAAUUAUAAUAGGAUACUUUAGUACUCCUCUGAUAUCAAUGGACAGCUUUCCCAGACAGAAAAUCAAUAAGGCAACAGAGAUCCUAAAU